AUUCCUCCCUCGGUCGUCUUGCCUUCCGGUAGCGUGAAGAGCAGUGGCGUGAGAAAUGGAAGCGGCGGAGGAGAGCCCUACGGGGAGCAAAACCCAGGCGGAGACUCCAACCCCGGAGAUGCGAAGCCGGGCGGAGACUCCAAAUCCGGAGAAGAUCCCAGAUCCGGAGGAGACUCGAGGCCGAGGCGGGGAGGAGGCCCAAAGCGUGGGGGAGACGCAAAGCUCGUCUCCAGAUGCCUCCAUCAGUUUGGGCACUGGCACGGGCACCGACAAAGCUCUUGCCCCCGUGGAGGGCAAGAGGAAGAGGAAGGGGUACUUACCGACCAAGUCCGUGAAGAUCCUGCGCGACUGGCUCUACGAGCACCGCUUUAAGGCCUACCCUUCCGAGGCGGAGAAGCGCAUGCUGGCCGAGCAGACCAACCUGUCGUUCCUGCAGAUCUCCAACUGGUUCAUCAACGCCCGCAGGCGCCUUCUGCCAGAGAUGCUGCAGCUGGAUGAUAACGACCCAACAGAUCCCAGCCAGCACCGUCAAGGUGAAGACGUGGAUGCAGCCACCCUGCCGGGCAGCGAUCCAUCCAUGCGCGCCAAGUCUCCACCCAGGGAUGCAGACAGCAUGCCGGGCCUGCCUGUGAGCCCUCUGCCCAUGGGCCAGGCCUCCGGAGAGAAACUACUGGAUUCAGGGUCGGCCUCAAGCCAGACCCUUCCUCUGAAGGCAAAGAAGAAGGUCAGGUUCGCCCUCAACGAGCCCUUGUCAGCUCCCGAACCGGUGCCAUCAGAGGAGUACCAGGAUUUUAGUAGCUUCCAAAUGCUGGUUGACGCUGCAGUGCAAAAGGCAGCCGAGCUGGAGCUACAGAAGAAGCAAGAGCCGAAGUAAUCCGUGCCUGGGCACACCAUAGACUCAUUUAUGCUACUCCCCACCCUCCCAACCCCGAUAUUUACCUUCUACUGAGAUCACUUUCCUUCUAGGGUUUAUAUGAGAACCCCUGUUAACUAUUGAGAUUGAGUUCUGCCAGAUAUUUCAACAUUUCCAGAUGAAAGACACUAACUGGUCGUGAUUAACAACUGAAGCGAAGAUCGCUAUUGGUUCUUCUUAGUCCUGGAUCUCAACUUUUCCUAAGGACUAGCAUAUCUGAGACUAGAGACUAAUUUGAAACGUCAGAGAUUUCCAGCUUUCCUAGCCAAGUUUCUUGAUCCCAAGGCUGUUGCAGAUACCAAAGGACUCCCCUUUCUCCCUCUCCCCACUCCCUUGUUUAUUAGCAUGAAU